AUGAACGAAGAUCUACAGAAAGAGGCGGCCCUGUGCAGUAAACAUGUUAAGCGAACCGCAAUUCUGGAGGACUUGACCUCCGAGUUAAAGGAAAACUUUGGCCGGCUCGAAAGAGAGACCGACCAACGAUUGGCGGAGGUUGCUGAUGACCUGGUCGGCACAACACUCGGACGGGUCACCGAACUCGAAAAGAAAAAUGAGGGACUCGAGGCCGAACUCAAGGCGCUCUCUGAACAAGUUGCCGAACUGCUGAGGGUAAAGAUGACCGCGGACGCCGCGGCUGUAGCGGCUGAUGCUCAAACGGCUAAGAGGGUCCAAGAUGCGCUGGACGCCGAAGCGGGUAAAGAGAAGGAGGCACCGCGAUCAUCUCAACUUACCGAAGAAGAAGAGGAAGCCGAAAGGAUUCGAAGGUCAGAGACCAGGUUCCCAGGACUUGCUAAGAAAGCAGCCGCUCAAGCUGCGAAGGAUGCUGAGCGAUUGGAAAGGGAAGCACGGAGGCUGGAAGGCUACGCAGCCGAAAACAAGAAGAAACAGGCGGCCGCCUCCGUUUCAGCACCGAAAAAGCGAAAGAGGGAAGCCCCAAGAAAGUGCAAAUAG